AAAAAAAGCUGAGCUUACCAAUCAGAUGUUCGAUGUGGUGACUCCUCUUUCGACAUUUUUUUUCUGCUGCUUACCCUGGAUGACCAGGAUCAGGCGAUGAGACAAUUAAUUGUUUAAAAUCUUUCAGAAAAAAAAGAUACUCCGUUAAUGUCCGGCCUAGCAAUUAAAAUGGGCUGAAAGAAAAACCACCGAACCGGCGACCCCCAUCUUGGAGAAAAAUAUCGGCCUGUUUGGAACUUGGAUUCCGUUUUGACAUUUGUCUUGCUCAUCAAAAACUCGAGUUUGAAAUGGGCGCCAGGCAGAUGAAGGUCAUCAUAGUGGGCGCUGGCCCGGUGGGCUCGCUAGCGGCGCUUUAUGCCGCACGUAGGGGCCACAGCGUUGAGAUCUAUGAGCUUCGAGAUGACCUCAGAGACCCCUCAACCACCCUCCUCAACUUCACCAGGUCCAUCAACCUGGCCCUGUCGGAGCGGGGGAUCCACGCGCUCCGGCACGCGGCCGAGCCGCAGCUGCUGGAUGUCAUCUUCCGGGACAGCAUCCCUAUGCGGGGCCGCAUGAUCCACGGCCGGAGGGGGCGGUCGGGUGAGCUGUUUGAGCAGGCGCAGGACUACGACAUACACGGCCGGAGCAUCUACGCCAUCGACCGCGCCGGGCUCAACUCGCGCCUGCUGGACGUGCUCGAGGAGAUGCCCAACGUCAGGAUAUUCUUCAAGCACAAGCUGACCGGCGCCGACUUCAAGGCCUGCAAGGCCUGGUUCGAGGUCCAGGGCACCGAGUACGCCACCGGCCGCGCCAGGGAGAUCGAGAUCGACUUUGACUUUAUGAUCGGCGCCGACGGUGCGCACUCGGCCGUGCGCUAUCACAUGAUGAAGUUUGCCCGCAUGGACUACCGCCAGGACUACAUCGACACGCUGUGGUGCGAGUUUCACCUCAAGCCCAGGGAGGUGCCGGCAGCAUCGGCAAACGGCAACGGCAACAAGGCCAUGUCCCACUUCGCCAUAUCACCCAACCACCUGCACAUCUGGCCCGGCAAGGACUUUAUGUUCAUCGCCAUCCCCAGCAACGACGGCUCCUUCACCUGCACGCUCUUCAUGCCGAGCGGCGAAUUCUCCGCCCUCGAAGCCGCCCCGUCACGCCUCCCCGCCUUCUUCGACCGCCACUUCCCGGGCGUCACCGACAUCAUCCCCACCGACGAGCUCAUCGCAUCCUUUAAAGAAAACCCCCACCUGCCGCUGAUCAGCAUCAAGUGCUCCCCGUACCACUUUGGCUCGUCCGCCGUCGUCGUCGGCGACGCCGCGCACGCCAUGGUGCCAUUUUACGGCCAAGGCAUGAACGCGGGGCUCGAGGACGUGCGCAUCCUGUUCGAGACGCUGGACAAGCACGCCGAGCUGGCGCGCAACAACCGGGAGGAGGAGGAGGACGACGACGACGACUACGACGACUACUACGACGCGGCGGCCGCAAAGCACGACGCGCACCACCGCGCCAUGGCCCUGGCCGAGUACACGGCGCUGCGCGUGCCCGACACGCACUCCAUCAACGACCUGGCGCUGCAAAACUACGUCGAGAUGCGCUCGUCGGUGCUGUCGCCCUCGUACCGCCUGCGCAAGUUCCUCGAGGAGAUGCUGUCCGUGUACCUGCCGUCGCUGGGCUGGCAGACAAAGUACGCGCGCGUGUCCUUUGGCAACGAGCGCUACUCCGAGGUCGUGCGCCGCAGCGACCGCCAGGGCGACAUACUGCUGCGAGGCCUCGUCGCCUCGGUGAGCGUGCCGCUCCUGGCCACCUCGGCCUUCCUGCUCGUCAAGUACAGGCGGGCGCUGGGCGUGAGCGUCGAUGGCCUGUGUGCCUUUUUGUCGAGGACGGUGGGCAGGGGUUGAUGCGGCUCUGUUGCUGUCUUGUCAGAACCCCAAGGAAGAGAAAAGACGAAAAAAAAAAAAAUCUAUUGCUCAUCGGCUGCUUUGGCAGUAGAAGCGGGAGAAAGAGAUGUUGUACAAAUGUCACAUUAAUCCAGAGUCAUGUUAGGGGUUGACCCCUAUGAUACUCAUAGCCUCAAUGCAUGUAACCCAAGCGAGCUAUAUGGCCAUUUUCGGGUGUGUAUUAUCACAUUGUUAUCUACUCAUCUUUCAAAAACAAACAUUCUGGCGCUCACUGUGAAUGGGCCUGAAGUCUUGAGCCCUCUUCAAACGCGUCUAUCAAAGCAAGAGUCGAGGGCGCAUAAAACAGCGCCUCGUUGUGACCUGGACUCGAGUGUCAGCUUCCACUUCUUUCAGUUGCUUUAUGGACUGGAAGUAGUCAGAAGAAAAAAAAAUACUCUUACCUCCAUGAGAAAUUAUUUCCUCCAUGAUAUCGACAUCACCUUCCUCCCACCGCGUGGCAAAGGCCUUCUUACCCUUCCAGACAGUCCUCUCAUCCUUCAUCUCAGCCAGCCUCUGGGGUUCUACCCCGACGCCAACGAGACCCCCGACAGCGGCAGUGAACAUCUUGUCGGCUUCGAUGCAGGGGAUAUCCCAAUCGUCGUGCGCGUGAAUGAUCCUCAGCCGGAGCUUGCCAGCCCUAGCCUUGACGGCGCGCACCAUCUCGGUGAUGCGGCCGGCAGAGUCCCACUUGUCCACGACAAACUUGCUCAGGAAGUAGCGAUUCAAGGGCGGGCAGAUAGUAGCCAGCGGGCGCAUGACACCAAUCACGCCGCCAAUACGGUAGCCCGAAAGCAUGUCGGGCAGAGAGCUAAAGCUGGCGACGAGUAUGAUGGCGGCAAAGUCGACCCCCCUAGAGGCGUAGCGUUCGGCCACGGCCGAUGUGACAGCGGUGCCCAGGCUGUGGCCAAAAAGGACGACGCGCGAGGGCGGGAUCCCAAUGGUAUCCAGCACGUAGUCCACAAUUGCCAUGCCGUCGACUAGCAUGCCGGUUUCGGUGGGCGAGCCAGUGGAUUUGCCGAAGCCCCGGUAGUCUACGGUUAUCAGGUGUGUUGAUGGCGAAUAAUCUGCUACAGUGUGGUAGCUUUGGAAAAAAAAAGGGGGUUAGUCGCCUUGCACUCAAGAAUGAGGGUUGGACUGAUUGCUUACUGGGCCGGCCGCCAUCCUUGUGCUACAUGCCCUGCGUUACCAUGGACUUUUAAUAUUAUCAGAACGCGAGAGUCAGCGACUUAGUCCAUGAGGAAAAUACACAUCGAGAACAGGACUCAGGGGGUGCGCGGCCAUACAACUAAUGACAACCCUAGCUUCUGGGUCAUCCUUGAGAAUGCGAAAAGCGUCGGUAGUGGCAAAAUCAUCGCUGCAACCACGGGGACGCUUCAAGAGAACAUUCUCGUUUCUGGCGUAUGUACGUAGAGGCAGCACAUGCCAGCCGUACAAGACCUCGCCGUCGGGGACUUUGAGUUUGAAGGGCGUCACCUGGUUUUCUAUGAGAAAGUUAGCCGACAAUUUAGCGAAUCGGCCGUGGCCUUCCUCGUGCCUCGUGAAAAAAGCAACGUGGGUACCUAAGGUCUACAAAGUAUGAAAGGGAGGGAGAGCCUGGCUCACUUGCAAAACCCCAUCGUUCAGGCUCAUCGAGAUUGGUAAACAGUAGUGUGCUGACACGGUUUGCGUACAGGGCGCUGAAAAUAACAGGUCAACAAUGACGCAAUAAGAACGAGUUAAAAAAAGAAUGUUGCGUCUUCCGGUAUUCAUGCGUUUGUUUCGAAGUAUUUGUUGCAAUGGAGGCGACCUACAAGCGUUGAAUCGGUGGGACGGCGAGCAGACCUAGGAAUGCCACAUAGGUGCCGAUAGGGACCACGACUGGCAGAAUGGCCUGCCACCAUGGUAUCAUGGUUUCCAGGACAGACGGGAGCCUGAGGGAACCAAGGAGAGACAGUUGGUUAGCCUACACCAAGUUCUCUUUACCGCCAAGAAACCCGGGUCGCCCGUGUUGGACAACGUCCAAUUGAGGAAACUGCGAGUGAUUGAUUUGGUUCAAGCGGAAAAUAAUCCGGGCGCAGAGGGAACGUUUGUUUGGGUUUCCAUCGAAUUGACCAGUAGUUCUGCUUUACCAUUGGCUCCAGGGCUUGAGACCCACUUAUAUCUUCGACCCUGUGCAAACAAACGCUGCUUUGCCGCCGUUUCCUGGUUACCAAUCAUUUUACAUACAAAAUAUAACAAAGUCCGACAUAAGAUCAAUCUUCCCAUUCAUGACGCCCAUUGGAAACAUAUCUGUUCUGUUGAUUGCCGCCUAUAACAAAUCUUACAUUCAUCUCC